AUGGACCCACGACAGGCGCGGCCCAACGACGACGGCUUUGGCGCCUACAUCAACGCAAUCGGGUGGUCACUGCUAUCGCUCGCAGGACUCGUCGUCGGCGCCCGAAUAUGGGCCAAGAUAUCAGCCCACAAGGGGCUCUGGUGGGAUGAUUACAUUGUGUUGGCAGCAUGGGUCAUGCUCCUAGCAGACGUAAUCGUCACCACAGUGGCGGCUGAAGCCGGCCUGGGCAAACACAUCGACAGUGUGACAGGCGACACUCUUGUGCGGACGAUGCUCCUCAGUGCUGUGGCACAGACGCUUACCAUUCUCGGCGCCGCCUGGUCCAAGACGUCCUUCGCCGUAACGCUGCUGCGGCUGACUGUUGUCUCCCACGUGCGCUAUCUGGUCUGGUUUAUAAUUGUGUCACUGAAUUUAUUCCUCACCUUCACAGCCUUUCUGCCGCUGUUCCAGUGCACACCCAUCGGCAGGAGCUUCGACCCCAGCGUGGAAGGGAAGUGUUGGGACCGGACGCUGGUGCUGGUGUUGACGAUGUUCGGCGCGGCAUACUCAGCGGCUGCAGAUUUUGCACUGGCGGUCAUCCCGUGGGUGCUCAUUUGGAACUUGCAGAUGAAUCUGAAGGAGAAGGUUGGUGUGGGUAUCUGCAUGAGCUUGGGCAUUAUAGCUGGCGCAACAUCAAUCAUGCGCUGCCAAAAAAUACCACUCCUCCUCACCGCCGACUUCACAUUCGAAUCAGGCCAGCUCUCAAUCUGGUCGGCGGCCGAGAUCGCCACGACGAUAAUGGCGGCAUCAAUACCGGUGCUACGCCUAUGGGUCAAGACGAUCGUCAGCGUGCACUCGCGGUACCGCCUCUCGUCCGCGGAUAGGACCUUCAACGGGCGCGGCGUGCUGCAGGGCCAUGGCCAGCGGUCAAAGAUGACCACGUUGGCCACCACCACCACGAUCACGAGCGGCGGGAACAACAUGGUCCGCAAGUCGAGUAGUAAGCGCGGGCGCGCGAAGCUGGCGGACAUGGGCUGGGCCAGCCGCAGCAGCUCCGACUCGGAAGACCUCGAGGCCUUUGGAUCACCUGCGGGCGGGAUCUCGGGCGGCGCGGCGGGUGGUAUCGUCAAGAUGGAGACGAUCACUGUGAACUAUGACAAACGAACCGCGAGCAUGAUUGAUUAA